AUGGCUGUCACCACCCGUUCAGCAUCCUCGUCCCCGAAGAAGCAGAAGAGGAAGCCCAGGCGGUCUUUCAAACGCAAGCAGCUGGGCCCGGCCACUCCGUCUUCAAACUCAUCGUUGCCAACCACAGGCGCCCCCACUCCCUUGCCUGCCGUUCCAACUCAUUCUUUCCUUGGUCCGAGCAGCAUCGAUCCCAGGGCCUUUGCGACAUCUCAAAAUCCUCGAAAUGUGGACCCUCAAACUCCCGGCGCGUCCUCAUCCGUCCCAAAUGUCGGACCACCCCCAAUUCCCUCGUAUAUCCCCAUAGAUCCCACCCUCUUGGAGGAGGAUCUUCAUCGUUCAUCCACCCCCCCUAGUCCACCACAAUCGGGCCAGGCGUCGCCAGGCCCAACCGAGGUGUCGGUAGUAGACGAUAACUCGGAGCGUUUCGGAACGCCUAGCAGUGUUUCAGAAUCCCCAGCGGGGAAUGCCGGUCCACCGACCGCGUCAUCGGGAACACGAAAGCAGCCUUCUGGUGUCAACCCAUUGUAUGGAUUCGUCGACGGUGCAGGGCGAGGAAGCGAGGAAUACAAGAUAUAUCGCACUCGAGCGCUCGAACCUGCCUACGAAGAUCAAGCUGAUGCUACAGCCAAUCUAGCUCGCUGGACCACAGACCUACUUACGCGGGUGGAGUCAAUAUCGUACAGGACUGGGUGCUGGCUUUACCUCGCAGUACACCAUCCCAUGUCACGGACACCUUUUAUUCACUUUGUCUCCAAGAAACUUCGUAGGGAUGCCCCGACCGAAGUUGAGAGAUUGCAUAAAGAGGUACGGCAACUCAUGACCACCCUGACAAGGGCCCAGAAGAGGAGCGUAGUCGAGGCCGAGAUUGCCCUCCAGGAGGCUGAGGCGCGCGCAGAGGAGGCAAGCCAGCGCGCGGCCCGAGCAGAAUCUAACCUCGCAAAGCUGAAGCGUAAGCUCAGCUUGCUUGAAGCAGGUAUCGCGCACGUGGGCGACUUGGACGACUCGUUGGAUGAUUGA